AAUAUAUAUCCAUCCUGUCACUUUUAGGUAGAUGAUGAAGUUUUAAGCCGGGAAACAUGGAUGGUGGAGCUGCCUCCAGAGAUAGGCCCUGGUCUUGGCCUUGUUGCAAGAACAUUUAGGCAAUCAAAAAGUAUAUGCGAGUCUAAGGACAGAUCUCUGUGGACUGAUACUCCUAUUGACCAAGCCAAGAAGCAAAAGGAAGGUCAUGAAAAACAUGGUGGGAAGAGAAGUUCCACAGAAACUGACCAGUUCAUAAGUGAAAGAGAUCAACGGUGCUCGAAAAUUGUUGAUGAAUACAAUAAAAACAGAAGAUCUGAAUCUCUUCUCAACAUGCAUACAAAACAAAGGAAAAGUGCCAAGAUAGACAGUGAUGAGCCUGUUCAACGACAACCUUUUAACCGAGAACAUGACUUGGAAGCUGUUCAUCUGAACAGUACUCAACGGAAAUCAAUCAUUGAUAGAUCUCAGUCUCUGAGUUCAAGAUUUGGAAGUGGGACAUCUCGAUUCCUUUGAUCUAUUAGUUAAAGGUUGAGAUCACAUACUCACACAUUGGAAGGGUGAUAAAUGAUAAAGUGAAAGUUAAGUUACUGAGUUGUUAGACAUCUAUCUACAAUGAUGUAAGUCUUCACAGAACUAGAAAAAAUAUGUAGGUAUACUUUAUCCAAAAAUACAAAAUAGUUAUGUUUCUAUAGCAUAAGGAGUAGAACAUCUGGCUAUUCACUACUUUUCUUUCAGAUUGUUUUGUUUGUUAUUUGGCAUAAACUCUCAAUUAUUUUUUUUUUUGUAUAUAUAUAUAUAUAUAUAUAUAUAAAAUCUUAACUAAGGUUCUAUAUUUGUGUAUACUGUUGAUACACAGAUAUGCUAUUCUAACCCUAACUUGUUCUCCUUAUUAAAAUACCUUGAUUCAGUUUGGUCCUGCAAAUAACUAUUAAUCAUAUAUAUAUAUAUGUAUGUCACAGUAGAUUGAUUCAAAUAAUCCAGUAGUACUCAUAAAAAUAGCUGCCUGAUGUAUCAUUCUACAAAAACAUAGAAUAUAUAGUAUGAUACAAGAGAAAAUGAUAAGACUUUCUUUCACCUGAAGAUGUAGCUUAAAUUCUGCAUUAUUUUGAAGGAUUUUUUUGCAUUUUGCUUUAAUGCAAACAUGUAAGUAAUUUAUUUAUUAUUAAAUAUAAUAAUAUAAAUUAUAAUAUAUAUGUACACCAUAUAUUAUGCAAAUAGGUAAGCAAUAUAUACUAUGCAAAUGACAUAUGCAAACAUUAUAAAUAUAUAUACAGGUGGACCAAAAGUCACGCACCAAGACAUUUGAUAUUUUAUUUAUAUUACAUUGUUAUCAUUACUAUCCAUUUUGUUCAUCAUGUACAAGUACAUGUGUAUUCAUCAUUAUUUUAUUUCUUUUAUUCGAUUUUAGAAAAAUUGAAACAUGUCUUUAACAAUUCCAAAACUCAUUUUGUGCAUGACUUUUGGUCCACCCUGUAUAAUACUUAAAAGAUUCUUGAUUAACAAUUAAGAACGCUGAAUUUAUCUUCCAUGCUACCUACCCUUCACUACCCUCUCAGCAAAUUUUGACAAUGUAUACCUGUAUACUGUAACAGUAAAGCAAUAACAAAUUUCACUUUGUAGUACUAGCAUAAGAAUCAAGAAGCAAAAAAGAAAGUGAUUAAAAGAAACAAAACCAAAAAUCCAAUUAAAAUUGUUUAAAUAAUGGUCUUUUAAUUUCACAAUGUGUGACAGUAUAUUUGUUUUAAUCACCUGAUUUUGAAAAUAUUGAAAGCAAUUUGAUAAUAAAUAUUACUUUUUAAAUA